UCAACCUUUUCUUCCUUUCUUCCACAAAUGUACGAAUAUUGCGUGUAAACUCAAAGUAAAAAUCUGAAAGGACAACUCGAAAAACCAAUUUUGCCCCACUGUAAGCUUUGGGUACACAAUCUCCGCGAGAUUAACCUAACCGCCAAACUGUUCCGCCUUGAGUGCGCGAUCGGCAAUCGAUCGUUGGCUGAGCGAGCUCCCUGGCCGGUUCCGAUCAGUUCUGAGUGGAAUGUCUUGCUAAGCGGUCUGUUCGAAGGUGCACAACAGCAACAGCACCAGUUUCGCGAUCGUUUUCGUGUGAUUCCAAGCGACGGUGUGACGACGGGACAUGAAUCGCGGAACCUUCCUCUGAUAAAACGGAUAUACCCCCCAUAACCGAGCAAUGUUACUGCAGGAGUGUGCCGCCAGCAUGGAACAGAGUAUGCCCGAGAACCUCAGCACUCACAUGUUCGGCGAGUGUGAAAUGAGCCCAGCCCUUGCGAAGUGUCAUGAUCCGGUGGAAACUGAUCGAGAUCUGCAGACCAAAGAGUCCUGUGCCCCGGCACCAAUGGCCAGUUCGUCGGCAGCCACAACCACAAGCACCACAACCAAAGUGAAGUUGAGUUUCAGUGUCGAUCGGCUGCUGGGCUCCGAGUCCGGCGAGUCCCACCGGACCAGCUCUUCGUCGCCCUCGGCCAGGACCUGCUGCGAUGGCAGUGUCUUCUCCUGCUGCUCGUUUCCACACUGCUUUGGCCAAGCGAAUGCCGAGGCACGCAGGUUGGGACACGUUCCGCUCCCUGUGUCUGCGGCACCCACGUCCAUGCACCCAUAUCCUUAUGGGGGACUUGACAAACUCUAUCCUAGCCUGUACAUGGAUUACAAAUCAGUGCUGAGGCCGACCCCGAUUCGUGCGGAAGAACACGCCGCACCCACCUAUCCAUCGCUGGCCACCAACGCGCUCCUUCGCUUCCAUCAACAUCAGAAGCAGCAGCACCAGCAGCACCAGCAGCAUCAACAGCAUCAGCAGCACCAUCCAAAACACCUCCAUCAGCAGCACAAGCCCCCGCAGCACAGCUCGUCACUGCUGGCGCCUCUUCACAGCCUCACGACCUUGCAGUUGACGCAGCAGCAGCGAUUUCUGGGCAAGACGCAGCCACAGCUACUGGACAUCACGCCCACGGCGCCGGCGGCAGCCACCUCACAGAAUGGCGGUUACCCACAGCAGGGCAGCAGCUCUAAUCCGAGUAACUCGGGAAGCAGCGGCAACGGGAAGCGCAAACGCUCCUGGUCCAGGGCCGUCUUCACAAAUCUGCAGCGCAAGGGGCUGGAGAUUCAGUUUCAGCAGCAGAAGUAUAUCACCAAGCCAGAUCGGCGAAAGCUGGCGGCACGGCUGAACCUCACCGACGCUCAGGUCAAGGUUUGGUUCCAAAACCGACGCAUGAAGUGGAGGCAUACGCGGGAAAAUCUGAAGAGCGGCCAGGAGAAGCAGCCCACUGAGGUACCAGGAGGUGGACGUGGGAUCAAGGCUUCUACGUUAUCGGGAGGAAGUACUCCCCAUGAGACUCUUGACUAUAGUUCCGAUAGCUGUUCGAGCGUGGAUUUGAGCGAGCAGGCCGAAGACGAUGAUAACAUUGAAAUUAAUGUGGUUGAGUAGAGCUACAUAUGUUUUACACAAAUUGACAUCUACUCGCCUGUCGAAAUCGUGUUACACAUGUUAAAUGCCAUGUAGAUGUAUUUAUUUCAAUCGCUACGAGCAGUAAUGUAGAUAAAUACUAAAAAAAAGUAAAUUUAAAUUAUACAAUAUACUUAUUUAUUUUAAAAUAUAUUGCCUUACC